CACCACCUGUAGUAAGUAAGCUGAUUAAGAUCUCGUAACUCUAUUGUUGCUAAUAGAGGACAAAAUGGCACCGCUUCGCUGGCUUUCGCUGGCAACUUUAUGCUGCCUUGUCGCCUCAGCACUGUCUGCAUCUGCUGUUCCUGAUCUGGCGGAGGUCGUGAAGCUUAAGCUUCGUCUCCCAAAGACCAGCCCCGUGCACCGCACUUUCGGACGCGACCUGCUUGAAAGCACCGUCUCGAUGUGCCUUUGGAGCUCAAGCUAUACCCUGGACAGCUGUGAUUUGAACCUCGACUACAUUACCAGCCUUGGAACACCUUCCACCAACAGCCAGAAGCUUCUGGCUUAUGUUGCAGCGCUCAACAACAGGUGCAGUAAUUACACCAGCAGUUCCUCCUGCACGGCGACUCCGAGCGAGUAUUGCGCUUGGGACUCUACCUUCAAGGAGUGCUCCGUCGGCCCAAGCUUCCUCAAGCAAGGGUGGCUCCAAAAUGUGCUGUACUGCUCCGGCUCGCGUGCGGACAUCGUCAUGACCUGCGUUGCUCUCAACCAAACGUCUUGUGGCUCCAACAGCAACUGCGUCUGGCAGAACACCACUCAGCUCGCGCAGAACACGAUCGGCACAUCUUUGAUGAACAGCCUCGCCGAAUAUGCCGGCCACACUGUAUCGUCUUCCUCCUCCGUCUGCGCUGCCAGCUGGGCAACCAACACCACCUACCUCACCACCCUCGCAUCCAAGAUUGCGAAGGCCGAGACGUCGGCAUCUGCCUUUUCUGUUAUCUUCACCGACCUCUUCGGUGACUGCUCGGCCCUGACCACCUUCAAGUCUGCGGUUACUACCUGCUCCAACAAGACCACCCAAGCCACCUGCGAUGCCCAGCUAGCCUGCUCCUGGACGAAUGAAUGCGACCUCGCGGAGGACUUUGUGAUGGACCUGCUGCUCGACUCAUCCGAUCCGUGGGUUGCCAAGUACACGGAGCAAUCCCUGCGCUGCGCCGCCCAGACCACCAGCUCCGCCUGCAAGGGCCUGGCGACCACCACCGUCGACACCACCAAGUACAGCAGCUACCUGACUCUCACCCCCUUCUCGGGGGCUGGCAUGAUGUCCGCCUCUUCGCUCCUGAUCAGCUUGAUGGCUGGGCUGGUUUGCCUGUGGGGCAUGUUGCUGUAAGCACAUGCCGUGAGAGCGUGGAAGAGCAAUCGUUUUUGUGCAUGCUUGUUCGAAGGGAUGCAUUGAAGCUAGUGCUCAUUGUGUUAAUAUUGCGAUCAGACCACAACUGUGCGUGCGUGCAUGUAGCAGGGCACACCCGCCCCAGCCCCAGAAUACCCAUGAUUAUAUCCAAGACCUGGGGGGUUCCUGCCAUCUCGAGUAAGCCUUUCGCGCUGCUACAGUGCAUGUAUUUCCGGUACUCAGUGCUCGCCAUGUGAUUCGACUGAAGAGCUGUUAUUGUGAAUUGACGUUGGUUGUUGCUGGAGGUUUGGCGUUGUGUAUGCGUGCAUAUGGCCAUAUUCAUGCCAUUCGUUCGUUCGGAUACCGUUCGUAUGUUGUUGCAGCUCGGAGGAAGCACCUCGCUUCGUCCUACAUACAUUGCUGUGCCAUUGCCGAGCGCAUUGCGCCUUGAAUUUCUCGUAUGCCGGACAUUGCUGCACAUGUGGCGUGCGCAACGCCCUUUGCGUGGCAUACUCAGCUUCGUGCUAUCGACAACGCUCAACGGCCCGUGCUUUGUUGUAACAAUCUUGGGAGUAAC